GAGGGAGAUGGUAUGUCUUUCUUCUGGGAGCAAGAACCUCAGCAAAAUGUCCACCAGGAGCAGCUGGAAAAUGCAAGAACCCAGCCUCUCAGCUUGUUUAAUGAGGAAGAAGAGGAGGAAGAUGAAUUUAUGGUGGAUAGCUGGAGAAAUUCAAAUCCAUUUCACAACCAAAUGUUUGGAGAGGAUCUACAGUUGUCCGGUGCAAGGGACGAUGCUUCUCUUUCCAUUGACGAGUGCUUGCAUCUCAUCGAUGCCAACUUCCCCUCAGAAGGAGAUCCAGAGUUGACAGGUCCUGAUGUACAGAAUGUAGGAGAACAUGCACUUUCCGAGUUUCAGAGGCCACUCAUGUCACCCUUGUUGCCUGAACAGGAAUCAACAACUUUAGAGCAACAAUGGCAAGAUGUUUUGGCCAUCAUGGAAUCACAGGACAUGGAUACAGCCGAAACAAUAGACAAUUCUACUUUCAGUAACAGUGAUUCAGACAGAAAUACUGGAUCAAUGGAAAACUUUAUUCAUCAGGAUGUUAGCCUUCACCAAGCCACUCUGCCAAGAUCCACUGAAGCACAAAACAGUGUCACCAUGGAAGAAACCUGUUGCAUAAACAACAACUCCAUGCCAAACAUUAAUUUGGACACUUCUUUUAAUUCAGAGGCUUUUGAAGACUCUGAUAUCAUAGACCUCCUUCUGACUACUGGGACUAGCCUGCCAAGCCCUAUAGAUCCUCUUCUUGAGGAAGCCAUGCUUGUUGAGAUGGAGCUAAUGGAUUUGGCUCUGGAAGAACUUAGCCAGGUACAGUCUGAAGAGCAAAACCCAGCAGAUUCUGACUCUGGUUUAUCCUUGGACUACAGUCAAAGCCCUGCCUCUCCUAGUGGAUCUGAAUCUUCCAGUUCCUCCUCAUCUUCUUCAUGCUCUUCAUCACUCUCCAGCCCAACCCCUAGUUUGAUGCCCGAAGAAGUCGCUGUGAGCUACACACAUAUCAAGGCAGAGGAUGGAGCUGUGGGCGGGUACAUGCCAGAACAAACCAAAAUGUGUCAAUCAAGCUUUUUGGAAGCCAAACAGUUUCAUCGCCUUCCUUGGCUCGAGCACAUCGGACACGAUCAUACCUACAACCAACCUCAAAGCCAGAGGAAAUCUCCAAAAGAUCUUUCCGACGAGUUGCCAAAAAACAAAGUGCUGGAUCAUUUUUCCAGCCGAGAUGAGAAACGCGCAAGUUUGAUAAAUAUCCCGUUCUCCAAUGAACGCAUCGUAAACUUACCUGUCGAUGAGUUCAAUCGCUUGCUAGCCAAAUAUCAUCUCAAUGAGGCUCAGCUUACGCUUCUCAGAGACAUUCGCCGCAGGGGUAAAAACAAAAUGGCUGCUCAGAACUGUCGUCAGAGGAAGCUAGAUGUCCUGCUGGGAUUGGAGUGCAGUGUGGAUAGCCUGCGACGCCUCCGGGCCAAACUGCUCAGGGAA